GCUGUGUGGGGCGGCCGCGCGGCGUUCGCGCCCGAAGUGCCAGCGCGUCUCGUCCGGUCCCCAGGAGCGCCAUGGCGGAGCUGGUCCCCCUGGCCGAGGAGCUGUCGUGCUCCAUCUGCCUGGAGCACUUCAAGGUGCCCGUCACCACCCCGUGCGGCCACAACUUCUGCAGCUCGUGCCUGGACGAGACGUGGGCCGUCCAGGAGCCGCCGUACCUGUGCCCGCAGUGCCGCGCCAGCUAUCAGGAGCGGCCGCAGCUCCACAAGAACACGGUGCUGUGCGCGGUGGUGGAGCAGUUCCUGCAGGCCGAGGUGGCCCGGGUGGCGCCGUCGCCCCCCGACGGCUGCACGCCGCCCGCGCGCGCCGCGGAGCCCAGCCCUCCCUGCCAGGUGGCCUGCGACCACUGCCUGAAGGCGCCCGCCGUCAAGACGUGCCUGGUGUGCAUGGCCUCCUUCUGCCAGGAACACCUGCAGCCGCACCUCGACAGCCCCGCCUUUCGGGACCACCAGCUGCAGCCGCCCGUCAAGGACCUGAUGCGCCGCAAGUGUCCCCAGCACAACAGGCUGCGGGACUUCUUCUGCCCCCAGCAUGAUGAGUGCAUCUGCCACAUCUGCCUGGUGGAGCACAAGGCCUGCUCGCCUGAGACCCUGAGCCAGGCCAGCGCAGACCUGCAGACCAAGCUGAAGCAUAAACUGACCAUCAUAUGCGAUCAGAUCAAUGGUGCAUCGAGGGCGCUGGAGGACGUGAGAGCCAGGCAGCAGGACAUACGGGAGACUGCCCGCAGGAAGACGGAGCAGCUCAGACAAGAAUAUGUGGAAAUCAAGAUACUCAUUGAUGCCGCAGAGGCCAUCUGCACACGAAAGAUAAAGGAGGAGCAGAAGAGGGUCAGUACCAAGUUCGACAACAUUUACCAGAUCCUCCUCAAGAACAAGAGUGAGAUCCAGACUCUGAAGGAGGAGAUUGAACUUGCCCUGACCAAGGAGGACGAGUUCGAGUUUCUGGAGAAAGCGAUCAAACUGCAGGGAAUCUCGACAAAGCCGGUCUACGUCCCCAAGAUGGAGCUGAAUCAGGAGCUGAUAAAGGGUGUCUGCCAGGGCACCUCAGACCUCAAAAACGAGCUGAAGCGGUAUAUCAGGCUGCCCCAGGACAAGAAGCCCGAGGGACCCGCUGGCUCAGGGAACCUUGGAGAGCAUGGCCCAGCAUCCACGCACAAACCCGCACACUUUGUGAAGAAGGUCCUGAAAGAAGAAAAGAAACACAAGAAACCUCCCACUGCCUCUGCCUCACCCGUCAAUAUGCCCACCUUUGGAGCCCCAGAACAGUUACUGGGUUUAAAGCAAGCAGGCCUGGAAGCUGUAGCCAAAGCCUCCGCUGUGCAGCCGAACCCGGUGUCCCUCACGACCAAGGUGCUGGAUACCUUCUUAGCCAAGUCCAGGCCCGAGCUCCUAGAGUAUGCCACUAAGUUCAGCCUGGACUACAACACCGCCCACAACAAGGUGGCUCUGUUGGAGAACUACACUGUAGCUUCUGUGGCCGACUUGCCCCUGAACUACCAGCCACACCCCAAGAGGUUCACAUACUGCUCUCAGGUGCUGGGCCUGCACUACUACAGGAAGGGGAUCCACUACUGGGAGGUGGAGCUGCAGAAGAACAACUUCUGCGGGGUGGGCAUCUGCUACGGCAGCAUGCCCCGGCAGGGCCCCGACAGCCGGCUCGGCCGCAACAGCGCCUCCUGGUGCGUGGAGUGGUUCAAUACCAAGGUCUCUGCCUGGCACAACAAUGUGGAGAAAACGCUGCCCUCCACCAAGGCCACGCGGGUCGGCGUGCUUCUCAACUGUGACCAUGGCUUCGUCAUCUUCUUUGCCGUCACCGACAACGUCCACCUGAUGUGUAAGUUCAAGGUGGACUUUACCGAAGCUGUGUACCCGGCCUUCUGGGUGUUCUCUGCGGGUGCCACGCUCUCCAUCUGCUCCUGCAAGUAGGCCGGCCACGGACACUGACCUCUGGGUGCCCAAGACAGUGGUGGAAGGCCUGCAGGUGGAACUGUCCCAGAGCUUCCUGCGACUCUUCAGGGUUGAGAGUAUGGGAGGGGGGAGGGGGAGGAGGAGGGAGGGGGAGGUGAUCGCGCUGUGGACCAGGAAGCACUUCUGCCUCCUGGUGCCCAUCAGGGCAGGGUGACCUCCUCCCUCUUGUUCCCGUAGGUCCCCAGCUGCUGGCAGCUGGAUGGGGUUUUGGGAGGUAAAGUCAUUAGCGCCCUUUCCUCUUGGAGGGAAUCUGUAGCCACCGUGGGCCCUUUCUCGGGGAGGGGGGGGUGGUGUAAGGUCCUGGCCAUCUGGGGCAGCCUUUGGAUCUUAAUGUUUUGAUUACUCUCGAUAGGGCUCUUCAGCUUAAUAUAUUGAUUUAAAAAGCAAUCCCAUGUCAUUGAAUUUCAGUAUUAUUCACCUCCUGUAUGUGGGGUUCGGGUAUAUGCUCAGAUUCCUGGUUAUUUUCUAUCCUUAAGGGAAACUGCCCAUCGCAGGUCUCCACCCAGAUCAGAGCUUCUAAAAGAAAUGGGUUCUCUCCCUCCACUGGAGAAUGACCCUGCUUCCCUUCCUUUCCUCGUACCUCAUACCCCGUCAACGGUUUUAAAAUAUUUAAUCCAGCAGGAAACUUUUCAGACUAAGGUUUCAAACCAUGAUCUGAAUGUGUUGAAUUUGUGAUUCAAGGUCAAGGUGACCCAGGUCCCAUGUUGGGAACCCUUCCCACUCCCACUCUUGGUGGACACUCUUUGGCUGCACCCACAAGAGCCUUGCGGGAGGCCUUCUUCCCAUAGCUUAGGCUUUGGAGCCAGGAACCCCACUGGGCAAGGGUGACCCUGACCUGGGUUGACAUUGUGGUGGUUUUGCUCAUACUAGCGUCGUGGCUUCUUACUGACAACUGUGCUCAGUGAGAGCCUCUCAUCCGAAGGGCUGUGAGGUACUUGACUGGCUGGUGUAGAUACCACUGUGGCCAGUACAGUCGACUGGACUGCUGAGCUUGAUAUCCCUGGUCCACGAUCAUACAGACGAGUCAUGUGGGGCUACCUCCGGGACCAUGCCAGUUCUCUUGCUGGGGUGACCACCUGUGGCCAAGGGAGUCUUCUAGCAGGUCCCGUGGGAAGCAGCAACAUUCCUAUUCAUCCGUGGCCACAGGAUGCAGGCCCAGUGUGACCCUCUUGCAAGUUGCACGCCUGUCACUGGCACUGCACUAACCCUUUCUCUUUUCCUCAUUUGAGCUAAUUCCAGAUGUGGGGACUGACCAGGCUAGGGGGGCCCAGAGACUUUCAGGGCUAGUGAGAGAACAAGCUACGGGACUGAAGCACAAGGGGUAUCUUUUCCUGCAGUGUUUUCUGUGCAGUGAAAAUAACCCCAGUCCGCUAAGGGGCAGGAGGGAAUGGAUUGCCAGAAUUUCCCAAGCUCCUUCUAUCCUGAUGUUGUCAGGAUGUAAAGUCCCAGUCCAAAAGUGGGAGAAAUUUAACCUCAUUUUGGUGAAACGAAUCCUGGGCUUUCCUAAGAGGGGAGCUCAGGUCAGGCUCUUUGUAGUAUAAAAAAGAGGUCAAGCACUGGGGACGUGGGGACCCCGGACCUUUUCUGUGAAUGUUUGAGAGUUUAACGCGUCUCUGGCCUUGUGCUGGAGUCCUGGGGCUCUCGAACCAGGCCCAGAGCUCUGCAAACUCUUGACAGGUGUGUUGAUAUGUGUCCCCUCCCGGUCAGGACCUUCACUUCCUUGGGAGAGAGAUCAUCUUUGUUGGGGAGACAUCCCUGCAAUGGCUGAGAUGCAGUUUUUAAGUUUCCUUCCUUUGACACUGGGAAGGAGAGUUCUUCGGUGAUUCUUCUCUGCUUUUGGCAGAGGUCAAAAAGAUCUUCGUCGAUCUUCUGAAACAAAAGCCUUGUCUGAAGCCAGUUCCUACUUGGGAAACAGCUAGGCUUAGAAGAGGAGAAUGCUGAGGGUUAAUCCUCGGGGUCCUGCUGUGGCUCUCCCUGCAGACCCGAGGGCAACGGAGGGAGCUCUUCCCUGGCGACCGUACAGGUCACGAUGGGGAAGCCCUGUUCUCUCUGUUUCUAAGAGGCGAGGAGGUAGCCCAAGGUGGACUCUGCCAGGUGCUCUGGAGAUGUGGAUUGAGGUGUGUGCAUCCUCGCUGUCUCGAGCCAUUCUGUUUGCGGUGGGGAGACCUCACCCUCCUCUCGCCUUGCAGGGCCGCUGCCCAGCCUAGAGUCCUCAGGUUUGGGGCAACAUUGUAUUCAUCUGACUUCUCGUUUGCGAAUAAGUCAGAUGAGGUACCGGAUGACUCCACUCACGACUCUGGCCAUCCCAUCAUGGAGGAAAUUCCUCCUAGAUGGCUCCCUGGUACCCUAGGGAAGAGUCAGAAAACCCAGAAACAGACAUAAAAAUACUAUCCCGGACUCCAGGUGUCAGGGACUGACUCAGUCACUCUGGCAUGAUCAGAGCAGGGCCAAGUUUUUGUAUUAUUCGAGACUGGCCGCUUCCCCUGUUUUAAUUACUCAGAAAUGGAUCUGCGAUCUGUAACUAAUACUGGUAUGUUAUCUCCUUUAUUCCGCCUCUCCCCACUACUGAUUUUAGUUAAUUAGUAGGAGUAUUUGUGCUAUUAUUUCACGAGCUAAUUUUUUUAAAGAGUUGAUUCUUCAGGACAUCAAUGGGGCUGUAGACACAGAUCUUUUGAAACCCAUGAGAAGUACCAGGGCCAAGGCUGGUCGACAUGCCUUAGAAGCUGUGAAUGUAAAAAGUGGUGUCUGGUAGUCUUUCUUGCAUGCAAGUCUGUGUAGACCGUGCAUAUGGUGUCUAUACACACUGAAAAGUAAAGCACUUUCCUGAGC